UCCCCUUUCGUUCAAACUACCCAACCCUCAUAUUUUAUAUGCAUACACACACCAAAACACACACACACACAUUCAUUACUACAAGUUUCUUGAUCAUGUCUUCUUCAUCUUUUUCCCUCAUCACCACAAAGAAAUCUUGAAUCUUUUUCCAUACCCAUUUCAUUAAUCUUCCAUAACUUCAAGAAUUUGCCAAAAAAAAGGUAAAAGAGUGAUCAUGUCAUCAAUCUUGGCUUCAAAUGGGAUGGUGUUAGCCACCGCCAUGGCCGCCGUCUCCGGCACCGUUCUCCUCCUCGCCCUCCACCUCCAUAAACAACCCGCCGACACCGUCCACCACCCGAGACCCUGCAUCUCUUCAGAUGGGAAGAAGAGAGAGAAAAAGAACAAGAAAGUACACUUUGCAGAGGAUGUGAGAGAGCCAAGUGGAAAUGGGGAAGAGUUUAGGAGGAGGCUUCAAAGUAAGAAUCAAAGUCAAGAUCGGUCUUUUUCGUCAACUUUGAAAGAUGAAGGGUGUAAAAAGAAAAUGAGGAGAGAUUACAAGGGUAUUCCUGCAAAUAGGAUGGCGCUUUACACCGGAAUCCUUAGAGAUCGCGGUGUUCAUCGCGUGUCAUACUGCUAACUAGAGAUGUUGAAAUCGAGAAAACCGAACCGAAAAAAAUGAAUACCGAGAAAACUGAACCGAAAAAAAAGUGAAUAACUCAAUUCUAUUGUUAAUAGCUUACUCACUUUAGACUUUUUUUUAUUCAUUUUGUAAAUUGUUUAGUUUUAACUUUUAAGUCCCUCAUCUUUUUUUAGAAGUGCAA